UCGAUCUCAACGCUCUAUAUCCAAGAAUUUGACCAGGUUCACUCAGACAAAACCACAAGAAAAUCACAAAACUUUUUACAGAAAACCAAAUACCAAGAAAAAUGGCGGAAGAGGGCCAAGUGAUCGGUUGCCACACUCUCGAGUCAUGGAACGAACACUUCCAGAAGGGAAAGGAUUCCAAGCAGCUGGUAGUGGUUGAUUUCACAGCUUCAUGGUGUGGACCUUGCCGUAUAAUCUCCCCAAUUCUGGCUGAUUUGGCUAAAAGGACUCCCGAAGUCUUAUUCCUAAAGGUGGAUGUGGAUGAAUUGAAGACUGUGGCUGAGAAGUGGAACGUGGAGGCAAUGCCUACAUUUUUGUUCCUGAAAGAAGGCAAAGCGGUGGACAAGGUUGUUGGUGCUAGGAAGGAGGAACUUCAGUUGACUGUGGCAAAGCAUGCAACUGCUGUUGCUUGACCUUUAUGCUUUGGAUAUGAAAAACCUCGUAUUUAUUACUAGUUGUUUUAAUUAUAUCUUGUAGACAUCCCAUUUGUUUGUAUGCCUGGCUACUCUUAUCAGGUUUUUAUGUACUUCGGUUGAUGUGAGGUAUCUGAUUUGCUUUUGUUACAAAUGCUAAAAUUAAUAAAGCUAGUUCUGCAUGUAUUAUAAUAA